UCUCCGGGAUGUGUUAAAUUCCCGGCGGGGCAAUGUAGGGGCUCCCAGGAUCCGCGCGCAGCCUCACCUGUCCCAGCCGCACGCCGCCAUGCUCUCCGUCCGCGUCCCGCUCGCCACCAUCGCGGACCCGCAGCAACAGCAGCAGCUCCAGCUCUCGCCCCUGAAGGGGCUCAGCCUGGCAGACAAGGAGAACACACCCCCUUCCCUCAGCGGGACCCGGGUGCUGGCCAGCAAGACCGCGAGGAGGAUCUUCCAGGAGGCCACCGAGCCGAACCCUAAGCUGCUUACCCCCAGCGUGGAGGAUGAACCACUUCUGAGAGAAAACCCCCGCCGCUUUGUCAUCUUUCCUAUCGAAUAUCAUGAUAUUUGGCAAAUGUAUAAGAAAGCUGAGGCUUCCUUUUGGACAGCUGAGGAGGUGGAUCUUUCUAAGGACAUUCAGCACUGGGAAGCCCUGAAGCCUGAGGAGAGAUAUUUUAUUUCACACGUUCUGGCAUUCUUUGCAGCAAGUGAUGGCAUAGUAAAUGAAAACUUGGUGGAGCGGUUUAGCCAAGAAGUUCAGAUUACAGAAGCCCGUUGUUUCUAUGGCUUCCAAAUUGCCAUGGAAAACAUACAUUCUGAAAUGUAUAGUCUCCUCAUUGACACCUACAUUAAAGAUUCCAAAGAAAGGGAAUUUCUUUUCAACGCCAUUGAGACGAUGCCUUGUGUAAAGAAGAAGGCAGACUGGGCCUUGCGCUGGAUUGGGGACAAGGAGGCCACCUAUGGAGAACGUGUUGUAGCCUUUGCCGCAGUGGAAGGAAUCUUCUUUUCUGGUUCUUUUGCAUCAAUAUUCUGGCUCAAGAAGCGAGGACUGAUGCCGGGCCUCACAUUUUCCAAUGAACUUAUUAGCAGAGACGAGGGUUUACACUGUGACUUUGCCUGCCUGAUGUUCAAACACCUGGUACACAAACCUUCGGAGCAGAGAGUAAAAGAAAUAAUUGUCAAUGCAGUUAGGAUAGAACAGGAGUUCCUCACAGAGGCCUUGCCAGUGAAGCUUAUUGGGAUGAAUUGCAUUUUAAUGAAGCAGUACAUUGAAUUCGUGGCAGACAGACUUAUGCUGGAGCUGGGUUUUAGCAAGAUUUUCCGAGUAGAAAAUCCAUUUGACUUUAUGGAGAAUAUUUCACUGGAAGGGAAGACUAACUUCUUUGAGAAGAGAGUAGGCGAGUAUCAGAGGAUGGGAGUGAUGUCCAGUCCAACAGAGAAUUCUUUUACCUUGGAUGCUGACUUCUAAGUGAACUGAAGAUAUGCUCUCAUUUUGCUGAUUUUUCUUUUUUUCCCUUCUCACCAAAAGAGAAAAAAUCAGCUACUUGAAGUGUAUCAACUAGCUACACCAUGAAUUAUCCAUAAUGUUCAUUAAUGGCAUCUUGAAAACUGUGUAGCUACCUCAAAAUCAAUCCUGUUAAUGCUAGCGGGGUCACCUAGAAUGAAAGCGUAGACAAAAGGCUACUUGGAUUCUUAAAAAAGAUCUUGCCCAGGUUUGGCUUUUGCAAGCAGGCUGGCUCUACAUGGCUUCACCCUGGCUCUUAGCAGCAUUCUUGGCCUGAAAGUGUGAAGACUCGAGCGAGUUUGUUCCAGCAGGAUUAAACAGCAACUACCACAAGGCCAUAGGAAGACAUCAGAACCCCUGCUUCAAGGCAGAUUUUAAAGUUUACUUACGAUUUGUAUAUAAAACUGGCACUUUACACACAAAUAGACAGUUUGUACUGUAGGGUAAAGGCUUGAUUUAACCUAAAUUUGUUGGUUUCUACACCAAAUACAAAGUAUUCUGUUUACCACUUAGGGGAUCCAAUUCUAAAUUUACUACACCUGCACUCAAUUUACUAGGUGACCAGACUAGGUUAAACCUGUGUAAACUAAGGAUGUUAUUUCUAUGCUUUAUUUUCUUUAAUGAAUUGAAGUGCUUUUUAACUCAAUCCCGUGCACACCUAGGUAUUGGGAGUGGGCAGGUGGUACCACAGAGAACCCAAGUUGGUUUUGUAUUCUGUAGCCCAGGUCCAGGGAUAAGAGAUGAGGGGAGAGGAGACUUAGGUCAUUGGGAACUGAAGUGUGAUCUGGGCUCACUGGUAACCUGGCUAUGUGUGGCAAUAUCAUUUAAUUUCUCAAAUUGUUAUGUCCCUCAAUUUCAAGUUAGUAUCAAAGAUCCUUGAAGAGUCUUCUUAGCUGGGAUCUAAGAUAUUAGCCUUGUAAAUUGGUUUUCAGAUCAUCCUAAAUGACCCACCUAAGAUCUUUCUUCUAUUAAGUGGGAAAAUCAGGACUGAAAUUGCCUGUCCUAAAAGUUGAGUGUUUAUCUUCAUGUUGUUAAACUUGUGUGUAAGUGGGUACCGUUGACUUAAUCCAUUUAUACUUUACGACAUGUCUUGAGUUAGAAAAAUUUGUUACUAUAUGUUUUUUUACUAUCCGUAGUUCAUACUUUGAAAUAUAUACCCAGUAUUAUUUUGCAGUUCAUAACUGAUUGAGAAGGUAUUGUUCAGUGCAGUUACCUCUAGGAUUUGGCUAAAUCUGAGCGUUAACUCGCUGCAUUGCUAAACUUCAGUAGAAAACUAGUGUUGAGUGAGUAAUUAACACUUGUUCCAGUCACAUGUUAGCUUCAGAAGGAAGUAUAAACUUAAUAGGAAUAUUUAAUAGAGCUAGUUUGAAUCAAUCUGCCUUUAUGUUCCCUGCCCCCCUCCUCCCACCCCAGAAAGCUGAGAUGUCACAUGGAAGGUCAUGCAUGAUACACAUCGGUCCUUUGGCCAUGUUUGUUACCACAUUGUGUUGUGUGUUGGCUGACUGACCACUGGCUUGUUCUGUUGUCAGUUUUCUUCAUUUAUUGUAUAAAUGGUAAAAUAGUCAAUUUAAAAAUUUCUGUAACAGGGGGCCCCUUUUUAUCUUUUAAAUUAUUGUUCCAGGAAGUUAAUCCAGAUUAUAUGGUCUGUACACUUGUGCAACACAAAAAUGAAUAAAUAAAUAAACUUGC